GCCCUGCCUUACGGCGCGGUGUCGCGCAGCCCGCGGUCGGCGGCGGUUGCCCGGCGGCCGCCAUGGACGUGGGGGAGCUGCUCAGCUACCAGCCUAACAGAGGGACAAAAAGACCCCGUGAUGAAGAGGAAGAAGAAAUCAAAGCACGGAGGAAACAAGCUACUGCACGAGAACAUAAUCGCCACCGAGAAGAGGAGUCUGUUGCACUGGAAGAAACUGAUGAUGAGAAGAAGAAACUUCUUCAGAUAAUGGAGAGGGAUGGAGAAGAGGAAGAGGAAGAGGAGGAACCUCUGGAUGAAAGUUCAGUGAAAAAGAUGAUUCUCACCUUUGAGAAGAGGUCUUACAAAAACCAGGAGCUGCGGAUCAAGUUCCCUGACAAUCCAGAGAAGUUCAUGGAAUCUGAGCUGGAUUUAAAUGACAUCAUUCAGGAAAUGCAUGUGAUUGCGACUAUGCCAGACUUGUACCACCUGCUGGUGGAGCUGAAUGCUGUGCAGUCUCUCCUUGGGCUGCUUGGACACGACAACACAGAUGUUUCCAUAGCUGUGGUAGACUUGCUUCAAGAGCUGACUGAUAUAGAUACUCUCCAUGAGAGUGAAGAAGGAGCUGAAGUCCUCAUAGAUGCGCUAGUGGAGGGCCAGGUUGUGGCCUUGUUGGUCCAGAAUUUAGAACGCCUGGAUGAAAGUGUGAAAGAAGAAGCUGAUGGUGUCCACAACACACUUGCAAUUGUAGAGAACAUGGCAGAGUUCCGACCAGAGAUGUGCACAGAAGCUGCACAGCAGGGCCUCAUGCAGUGGUUGCUCAAGAGGCUGAAGGCUAAGAUGCCUUUUGAUGCCAACAAGCUGUACUGCAGUGAGGUGCUGGCUAUUUUGCUCCAGAAUAAUGAUGACAACAGAGAAUUGCUUGGGGAGCUGGAUGGGAUCGAUGUGCUGCUUCAGCAGUUAUCUGUGUUUAAACGACACAAUCCUAGUACAGCGGAGGAACAAGAAAUGAUGGAGAAUCUGUUUGACUCUCUCUGCUCCUGCCUAAUGCUCAGUUCCAAUCGUGAUCGUUUCCUAAAAGGCGAAGGUCUACAGCUGAUGAAUCUCAUGCUUAGAGAAAAGAAGAUUUCUCGUAGCAGUGCCUUGAAGGUACUAGACCAUGCCAUGAUUGGACCCGAGGGCACAGAUAACUGUCACAAAUUUGUUGACAUUCUUGGUCUGAGGACCAUCUUUCCACUCUUCAUGAAAUCACCGAAAAAGAUAAAGAAAGUUGGAACAACUGAAAAGGAGCAUGAAGAACAUGUCUGUUCUAUCCUGGCCUCCCUUCUGCGAAACCUGAGAGGGCAGCAAAGGACACGGUUGCUGAAUAAAUUCACAGAGAAUGACAGUGAGAAGGUUGACCGGCUGAUGGAACUGUAUUUUAAGUACCUGGAUGCAAUGCAGGCAGCUGAUAAGAAGAUUGAAGGAGAGAAACAUGACAUGGUACGUCGAGGAGAGAUAAUAGACGACGACAUGGAAGAUGAAUUCUAUCUCCGUCGCCUGGAUGCUGGUCUCUUUGUUCUACAAUUGAUUUGUUACAUCAUGGCAGAGAUCUGUAAUGCCAAUGUUCCCCAGAUUCGUCAGAGAGUCCAUCAGAUUCUGAACAUGAGAGGCAGCUCCAUUAAAAUCGUUCGACACAUCUUAAAGGAGUAUGCAGAGAAUAUUGGGGAUGGGAAGAACCAAGAGUUCCGGGAGAGUGAGCAGAAACGAAUCUUGGAUCUACUGGAGAAUUUCUGAGGACUCUGGAAUUGAAUUCUUUACCUCCUCCUAAGAAGAGUUUCUGAAUUGUCUUUCCUUCAGCUGACCUUUUCCAACCUUGAUUGCACGAUAGAAGUGAGGUUUCUAUGAAGCCACUUCUAAAUGGAAUUUUGGAGAUAUUAAAGAUAGAUUUUUUUUUAA